UCUCGACAUCCAUCCAUCAUCGGAACUAGCUCUUCGCCGUCUUCAGUCUGUAGUACUUGUCCAACCCUUGCCUCUCUUUGCUUGUCGAAAUCUCGAAACCAUGCGCGCGCGCACCACACACCUCCUCCUCCCGCUCUUUCUGCGCGCGCUCUCCGCGCUCGCCACGCCCAUCUCCUCCGCCUUGGCCGCCAAAGAAAAGAAAACACACACGCAUCCAGAGCGUUGGUCGCCCGAAUUCUGGGAGAAGAUCAGCAUCAGCGCGGUGCUCGUGCUGCUGGGCGGCGUCUUCGCGGGCCUGACGCUCGGCCUGAUGGGUCUCGACGAGCUGCACCUCAAAGUCCUAGCGGCCGCGAGCGACGACGAGGACGAGAAGCGGAAUGCCAAGAAAGUGCUCAAACUCAUGCAGAAAGGCCGGCAUUGGGUCCUGGUAGUGCUUCUCCUCGGCAACGUCAUCAUCAACGAGUCUCUCCCUAUCUUUCUCGACAGCGCGAUCGGCGGGGGAAUUGCGGCGGUGGCCAUAUCUACCGCUAUGAUUGUCAUCUUUGGAAUCAUUCCACAAGCUGUCUCUGUCCGAUACGGUCUCGCCAUCGGGGCAGCGUGUGCCCCAUUCGUCCUGGGGCUCAUGUAUGUCUUUGCGCCGAUUGCUUGGCCGAUCGCCAAGCUCCUCGACACAGUGCUUGGUGUGCAUGAAACACACACGUACAAGAAGGCGGAGCUCAGGACCUUCCUCCAGUUCCAUCGCUCGGGCGACGAACCACUGCAGGAGGACGAGAUCAGCAUCCUCAAUGGGGUGCUUGAGCUGAGCACGAAGAAGGUUGAGCGGAUCAUGACCCCUAUGACGGACGUAGUGACUCUCUCUGCUGACGCACUGCUCGAUGAUAAGCUCGUCGAGAACAUUCUACUCAGCGGAUACUCGCGAUUCCCUGUCCAUGAGCCUGGCAAACCAGAGGCUUUCGUUGGUCUCUUGCUUAUCAAAAAACUCUUGAAAUACGAUCCCUCCCAAGCUUUGCCUGUGUCCAGCUUCCCGCUCUCCAUUCUCCCCGAGGCGCGGCCAACUAUAAGCUGUUUCCAAGCUCUCGACUACUUGUACGGGUUCAUCCUCGAUGCAUUCAGCAUCGUGUUACUGAAUCAAGCACAGCCAGACUGGACGGGCGCAUCUUCUGCUUAUAUCAUUGAAGAGAUCAUCUCAGAGGAGAUUGUCGAUGAGACAGAUCGCUAUGCGGAUAACGUCUCAAAACAGCGGGCCAAGCGGGCCACGACUGCCGAUGUCAUGCGAGGAAUCGUGGAGCGUCGGCGAGGUGUGUCAGUGGCCCGGUCCCUGCGGUCGGAUCUGGACGAGAACGAGCACGGUGGUGGUGAAAGUGCCCCGCGGAGUCUGCCGGACGAGCGUUCGCCGUUGAUUGAUCUUUCGACAAGUCCGCGUCCCAGGCGCCCUGCAGCCUUGACUCCGGUGGUGGAGAAUGGCAAGGGCUAUGGAAGCACGGAGUGAUCUGUGCGUGUACGCUACCGUCCUUCUGUGUAGAUCGUCUAUUAGUUCUCUGCGUGUCAGUCGUUUCUGCAGGAUGCACUGAAGUAAAUCCUUGACUUGC